UGGCUGCUAUGUCAGCGGAACGUGACGCAUAUUUUCCGCGCAGGGAUUGGUUGAAGCUUUGCAAUCCCAUUGGCUUGUCUAGGAGAGAGAAUUCGAGCAUGAUAGGCACCAAUACAAGUGAAAGACAGCACAGUCGGUAAUUGACGCUUCGUAUCUGCUGCAGAAACAUGCUGUCAUCAAAGAUAUGCCACCGCCAGCUUCGGGCUCUGACUUCAUUGGCAACCACUGUAUCACAGAUUGAUAACACAUCUGAUUUCCUGGCUCAUGUUCCUUACCGUAAACACCCUGGAAUCUUAAACAUGAAAGUUGUUCGAUUGCCAAAGGAAGUUCAGGAUGCAGCAAAGGUUCUGAUACAAGGUAGCACCAUUAGAGAUCUACAAGGGCACAUUAACUCCCUAAACAAUUAUCUUUGGAGUCGUAAACGCCCAGCUGAGGACAAGGACUUGAGAGUCCGGGCUGAAGAACUGGAGAGGAAGUUUUGUGCCUCUGUGGGUGGUGAUGCAGAGACUGAGAGUUUUCAGCAGCAAGAGAAGUUAAAGAAUCGUGUGCUAAACACUCUGCGCAAGAAUACAUAUCAUUGGCAGCCACUGAGCUACACUGAAGAACUGGGUCUGGUUUAUUUUGCCGCUCGUUUUGAUGGAGGAUAUGCAGCAGUAACCCGAGCUUUUAAAGAGAUAUUUCAGCGUUGCCCAGAAUUCAAGCCUCAAACAUUGCUGGAUUUUGGCUCUGGUACUGGUUCAGUUACAUGGGCAGCAAGCAAUCUCUGGGGUAAAAGUCUGGCUGAAUACAUGUGUGUAGAUAAUGCUGCACCCAUGAAUAAACUCAGUGAACUGGUACUAAAAGGUGGCUCAGAUUAUGGUGAGAUGCAUAUCUCUGGAGUUUACUUCAGACAGUUUUUGCCACUUUCACCUAAGGUGCAGUAUGAUCUCGUAGUCUCUGCCUUCUCACUAAAUGAUCUUCCAAGUCUGUCCGAACGGGAGAAAAUCAUUCAUGCUUUGUGGAGGAAAACAGGAGGCUUUCUGGUGUUGGUGGAGAAUGGUACAAAGGAGGGGCAUCAACUUCUGAUGGAAGCUCGGGACAUAGUUUUACAGAAAGAAGACAAAGAGAUUUGGGACCACCGUCCUCCCCAUGUAUUUGCCCCAUGUCCACAUCAGAUGCCAUGUCCUAAACUGUCUGAAAGGCUGCAUGUGCCCUGUAACUUUAACCAGAAGUACCAAACAUUGCCUUUGAGCUGGAACCCUCAUGAGCGCUGGGAGAAAUUUUCCUUCUUAAUCAUUUCCCGCGGCUCUGUGGGAGGAGGCGAUGGUCACUGGCCACGUGUGAUUAGCCAUGUAUUAAGCAGGCCACGACACGUGCACUGUCACAUGUGUUGUGCUGAUGGAGAGCUAAAGCAUGAAGUUAUUACAGCACGGCGGCAUAGCAGGGAUCUAUAUCGAUGUGCUAGAAACACUGAGUGGGGAGACCGCCUGCCUAUUCUUAACUCCACCGCAGAAUCCAAAAUUGAAGAGCACGAAAAUGAAGAUAUAAGCCCUGCUUGAUGAUUUAUCCAGCUCAGCAUCAAUUCAGCACUCACACCCUGUGCUCACGUAGUGAAGUUCAGGAAGUGAUCACCAAGUUAAAUUGCAUGAAAGGACCAAGGACAUGUCCUUAAGUGGACCCUAAGUUUUUCAUGGAUGUUUCACAUGAAACUGGUUGUUAAAUUGUUUAAACCACUCUCCAGGUUAAUGAUUUAUAACUGUGGACUAUUUAAGAGACUGUAUCAAUGAAUGUCUGUGCUGAAUGACAGAUGGCAAUUGUUAAGCAAUGCUGUGUAGUGAUGGGCGAAUAAAUUCGCCUGGCGCAAAUUCAAGGUGAUUUUCCGUGUGGUGCUGCUGCAUAAAUAAAUUGCGAAACUCCAGAGGAAAUUCACUGGGCGAAGAUUUUGGACACGCACCCGAAAAGUCGACCACCUCAAAACCGCCGCACAUCAACACUAUUCGGAUGCCCACUGACGCAAAGAGCGAUUUUCGAGUCCACUUAUUUUUCGGCUGUUUUGCAAAUUUCGCUGGAAAUUCACAAAAUUUUUCAGGCAAAGCAAAAUGGGAGAGAUUCGUCCAUCACUAAUGCUGUGUACUCUGUAGAGUACUGAUAAAGUCUGCUUUCUAAAAAGGGUUCCUGAAAAUAGACUUCACUUUUUGCCUAAAAAAUGUUCUGCUUAUCAGUCUGGAAAAUCCCAACGCUGCCUCAUUACCUCAUGACCUCUGCUGCUGAUACUCAAUUACUGUACACUGUCUAUAGCUACAGAACAGUCUUAUAGUGAUAAAGACAGACUGCAAACUUCAUAAGAAUACUGUAUGUCCUCAUCCUAUAGCUACAAAUUCUUGACAAUGAAGGGGUACCAAACCUUCUUCACUCUAUAAAUACCACCUCUGCAUACAAUAAGGUUAAUAUUGAUUGUUGUUGAUGUUUUGUCAUGAGUGGCAAUUAGUGUUCCUAUCAGCUUGUUCUUGUUGCUCUUUACUUCAGAGCUGGGUUUGUGAGGGGUGAACUCUAACAAAAAAAAAA